GGAGCUGGCAGUGUCACCGAUAAUGCACAAGGAUAGAUUUCUGCUCUCUCUCCCGAAGCUGCUGUGGCUCUUAGAGGGCCAAGCAGGAGGCAUGUGUGCAAGCCGCAGUGGGACUCCGACGCGCAGCAGACUCGGGGAAGCAGGAGAGUUUCCGGAUUGUGAACGAAGACUCCAGCCGACUGAUUUUCAUAGAUAAGGCAGACAAGGGCAUUCAGGAGGGCUGCUUAACGUUCGACGGCAUCUUUAGUCUGGACACGGGGCAGGACGAGAUGUUCUCGGAGCUGGUGAGACCCCUGCUGGCCAUGGUGCCCCUUGGCUACAGCGUGUCCCUGCUGCUGUGGGAGGCCCAUCAUGCCGGGACUGAGCCGCAGCCUCAGGGCACUGGGCAGCACCACAGCAUUAUCCAGCAGGUGAUAGAAAUCUUCUUCCAGGAGCCAAAGCCCCCAGGGGAUGGCGGGGAGCAUCUGCAAACUGUCAGCUUUGUCCAGCUUUGUGCAGAUGGAAACGCCUGGGACCUGCUCACCCCCAGAAAUCAAGCCCUGCACGUGCUGGAUGUCCCCCCGCUGGGUCUGAUGGUGGAAGAGACAAGUGAAAUUGUUGUGUCCAACUCUACAGCUGCCUACAACUUCUAUGUGAGGGGGCUGGAGAACAGUCCAGCACUGUCCCAAGGGUAUUCGCAGCAAUCCCAGGGGGAGCGGCAUGCAGACACGUGCGCCAGCCUGUUCACCCUCACUGUGGAGCAGGCGCUGGAGGGCUGCAGGUGCCAACGCUCGGCUGUCAGGAUUUUGGAGUUCCCCCGAGGGGCUGGGCCCUGUGUGGAGCCUUUCUCACCCCUGCUCCGAGCUCUGGCUCCUGGUGAGCUCCCAGACGAUGCAGGAUUCCUCCCCUGGAUUCUCAAGCAGACACUAGAAGGAAACAACCUCACGUUCCUGCUGCUGUGUUUGACCCUGCCAGAUGCCUCUGGAGAAGAGAUCCUGUCAGCCCUUUCGCUGGCUGAGCAGGUGAGGGGACUGGCCAAGAAGGUCUCACCAACCCACUGGGAUCCUGCCAAAGCAGUUUGGAGGCAGAGGGCAGAGAUCCGAGAGCUGAGGGCCCAGCUCCUCUCCAGCAGCAGCCGAACAGUGCAGGAGCGUGUGAUCAGCCAGCUGAGGAGAGUGCUGAGGGACCUGCAGGUGCUGAAGAACCAGAGCUGGGAGAAAAAGAAAGAGACGUCAGAGGCUUUUGAAGGAAGUGGGAGCCGUCAUCCUGAAGCCCAGGGUCGAAUCCCAUUGUGGCUGGGCAGGGAUGAACAGCUUACAAACCAGGUGCUGACAGAUAUGUUGAGAAGCCAAGAGUUCCUGGACAGAGGUAACCUCAAGCCAGAUGGAGAUGUCCCAGGUGUGGGUCUGUCCUUGCCUAGCCCUGGGAGUGCACUGGCUGCUAACAUGAUCUGAGGGCUCAGAUAACUUGUUAAAUACCCAGAGAAUGGCCCCUCCUCAGAGGCCAGCCUCACCCCACACCAACUGAGAGGGCACCGGCAAGACUGGGUGCAGCCCAGCUUGCUGUAAAGGGGACCCACAGUGGAGAAACUUCCGGGUCUGGGCCUCCUUAGGGGAGGAAGUGGGGCUGGGAGAGGGGCUUGUGUGGCUGUGUUGGGGGUUCUGCUUCUUUUUCCACAGCAUCCCCUCCCCUGCAGAUCCCCCUCCCUCUUUUCCUGCAGGGUUUGUUCCCCUCUGUAAUGACAAAGGAGGCGAAGCUGCCACAAGUAGCCCUGAGUGGUUUGGCCGAAUCUCCCCGAGCAUGGGUGCAGUGACAGGGGAGAAGCCUUUGCAAAGUGGAGCCAGCAGAACACAGGAACCAACCUGCACUGCUAGUGUGACCGGCGCGGUGGGGAGCUGGGCCUCUCAGCAGCACCCGGCCCUGGAGCUGCAGUUUGCUGUGGCCAAGGCCAGGAGGCAGCGUCUGCGGGAGCAGCACCAGCGGCUCAUCAAGCAGGAACUGCUGAAACUGGAGGAGGAGCUAGCAGGGAACCAGCAGGUAUUUCGGGCCUAUCGGGGCCUCUCAGAGGAGCAGACUGAUGCGCUGGAUCGACGGUACCGGAAGCUGCUACAGGAGGCCCUCCA